UUCAAACACGAGUCCUUUUGGUCGCAAAUCUUUUUCACAUUCUCAAUUUUUAAUUUUUUUCUUUGGGGAAGUAGAUUUUAAAUAAAAAAAAGCUAGGCUGCAAUAAAAUUAACUGGAAUUUCUUUUUGCUUCUAUAACUGUCUGUCGCGACAGAGCAUUAAGCACUCUAAUUGGAUAAUUUUGCCGAUCUUAACAAGAACUUUUGCGAUAAGUUGUGCCAGAUUGAGGCUUGAAAAACAUGGCAGACGUUCCGAAGCCAGUCAAGAAGAUACCGAUUCAUGUUCAGAGCUCACAAAAUAGACUCUACAUAAAGCGAGCUAGAGUCGUAAAUCACGAUUCCAUUCAAACAAAUGUUGACAUCUACGUCGAAGAUGGAAUUAUUAAGUUCAUUGGAAGUCCUGGUGAAAUUGCAGUGCCAGGUGGAGUUCGUGCUAUUGAUGUUGCUGGAAAAUAUGUAAUGCCAGGUGGAAUUGAUGCCAACACUCAAUUUGAAGGUGAAUCCAACGGAUAUACGUCAGUCGAUUCAUUCUACAAGGGAACUAAAGCUUGCGUUGCUGGUGGAACAACGUGCUGCAUUGAUUUGAUUGUUGCAAAAGAGGGAGAAUCUUUGAUAGAUGCAUGCAAUGCAUGGCGUAUUAAAGCGGAUGGGAAAGUCGUAACUGAUUAUGCACUUCGAUGUGCAAUUACAAGCUGGAAUAAAUCCGUUAGCAAUGAAAUGAAGAUUCUGUGUGAAGAGUUUGGUAUAAACACAUUCUGUAUCGACAUGACGAGCACAGAUCUAAAUGAUUGUGAUUUAUAUGAAAUUUUCGAACAUUGCAAAGAGCUUGGAGCAUUAUGUCAAGUUCAUGCUGAAAACGGUGCAAUAAUUGAGAAAAAUGUUGAAAAACUCAUCGGAAAAGGUCAGACCGGACCAGAUGCUCACGAUAUAUCUCGAAAUUCUGAGGUCGAAUCGGAAGCUGUAAAUCGAGCAUGUGUCAUUGCAAAUCAGGUUGAUGCACCGAUUUAUAUUACCAAAGUAUCUUCCAAACAAGCAGCAGAUCAAAUUUCACUAGCCAAACGUCGCGGUGCUCAAGUUUAUGCUGAAAUACUUGCAGCAUCGAUUGGAUGUAAAGCACCCGUAUCACCGUCAGUCUUUACAAUGACAUCACCCCCAUUAAGAUUGAAGGAUGCUGAAAAUGCCAAACUUUUGCUGAAACAUUUGGCAUUGGAUGACUUACGAGUCGUGUCAUCUGGAAAUUGCACGUUUAAUACUGCUCAAAAGGAGGAGAACAAAAAUGACUUUACAAAAGUUCCACAUGGUGUCAAUGGAUGUGAAGAUCGUAUGAAGAUUGUAUGGGAAAAAUGUGUUGCUGCCAAUUUAAUUGAUUUGCAAAAAUUCGUUGCAAUUACUUCCACAAAUGCAGCCAAAAUUUUUAAUUUGUAUCCGAAAAAGGGAACAAUUGCUGUUGGAUCAGAUGCUGACAUAGUCAUUUGGAAUCAUCAAGCGAAUAAAACAAUAUCAGCUAAAGAUCAUAUUCAGGCCAAUGACUAUAAUAUUUUUGAGGGUACAAAAGUAACUGGAACUCCAGAAUUUGUCAUAGUCAAGGGAAAGGUGUGCUAUGAAGAUGAGAAUCCUCGCGUCGCUGAAGGAUAUGGAAACUUUUUAGAACUUCCAGCACAUUGCCCAAUGCUAUUUGGAACCAAAAACGGUGACGAUUUUAUUGACAAUUUUUAUGAAUGUGUUCAACUUGACCAAUCUCAAGUAGACUUUGAGGACAUGGAUUAUGUACCAGACAAAGCUGAAUCAGUUAUCAGUACAUCCACUCAGGUUACUCAUACUGCUCGUGCUCCGAGACCUGAAGGUCAAAGGGACUUGCAAUCAUCCUCAUUUUCUAUUUCCCAAGAAAUUUCCAAUGAACCGCAAAAGAGUUCCAUUAGAGUUCGUAAUCCUCCAGGAGGCAAGUCGAGCGUUUUAUGGUAAAUCAAGGAGAAUCAUCAAAUAUGUUUAAUCAUCGUACCAACAUUAUAAUAGAAGACAUUCUAUCAAUGAAUGAAUAUUCAGUGUUUCGCUUUAAUUAGAUUGGAAUUUUUUUAUAUUGAGCAUGCAGCUUUGGACCGAAAUAAGAG